CUUCACUGGACCCGGGAGCUUCGAAUCUACACUAAAGAUAUACCUGACAUUACAAACAUGAUACAUUAAUUUAAUUAAUCAUCUUUGCGUAUAUAAGAUCUCUCGAUCGUUUCAGCAUCGUCUGGAUCCACGAUGCCCAUUCGAGCUUACUGUACCAUCUGCUCGGAUUUCUUUGAUAACUCCAAAGAUGUUGCUGCAAUUCACUGUGGUCACACUUUUCACUAUGCCUGCCUUCUCCAGUGGUUUCAGUCUGCCCCAAACAAAACUUGUCCACAAUGCAGGAAACAGGUCAGCACGCGACACAUUAUCAACAAACUGUUUUUUGACAUAGUCCCAGAAGACAACGGGAUGCCAAUGGAUCCUGAAAGUUUACAGAAUGAGCUUGACCGAAUGAAAGCAGUGUUUAGUGAAAAAGAAAAAGAAUGGAGGGACAAGCAGAAAUCAGUAGAUGCUCUAAAAGAGACAAUAGAGAGACAGAAGAAAGACCUGGAUAGAGUCAGGAAAGAAAUUGGUGACAAAGAGAUGCUGUGUUCUGUCCUCCGGAAACAGAUGAGCUUCUUGGAGAGUCAACAAUGUGAGAGCCAGGUGGCCAAGGAGGAAGCCAAGCGACUCAGAGUGAAAAUGAAAACCUAUGAGAGUUUAGAUCUGGUGUUACAGGGUCAGAGGGCAGAGGUGGAGGCCAUGAUCACUGAUAUGGGUGUUGGUCAGUCGGCUGUUGAACAGCUAUCCAUAUACUGUAUCUCUCUGAAAAAGGAGUACGACAACCUGAAAGGAAGCCUGAAGACUUCAAAUGAGAUGUGUGAGAAGCUAAAAAGGGAACUGAUCUCUUCUAACAGCAAGUUUCAGAAAGCCACAAAAGAGACAAACAGAACAAAGGAGGACAUGAAGGCACUUCAGAACGAUCUGUCCAACGCAGACAAAGAGAUCACUAGCCUGAAGAAGAAGGUGGAAAUACUACAGAGGACAUUAAGCACUCCCACCCGCACUAAUGAGGCCAUCAGCAGACUGGUGUUUGAAAGUCCUGCUCCUCUGGAGUUGAAGCCAGGUCAUGGUCCGCACACAGACUCUCAGGAAAUUGACCUCAACCUGACCUUUGACGUUAACACACCUGAACAUGUGGAGAAGAAGCCUGUCCAGGUCCCAUCUAAGAAGAUGCGUCUCGACCCUUCAGUAUCUUCAUCCAACAAAAUGGAAAAUGCACUGGGACGUAAUAACACUCGUGUUAAAGAUGAAGACGUUUUGAUGGGCCCCAUGUUACGGAACUCUCUACUCUUCAGAAAAAACACGUUUGGGAGCAUGCUGGACCCAUCCAAAUUUGGCACUGUAAGAACUGGCUAUGAUGGACUUGGUGGAAGAGCCAAAUUUAUCCAACCUUCACCUCUUUCUGAGAUUCGACCCCUCGCCAUGAAGUCAAAGAGGAAGAAGGUGUCAAGACCUGUUACAAGCAAGCCUACCUCCAGUCUGACCACUCUGGAUAGUUUCUUGGAAUAAAAAUGUUUAACUUUUCAGACUUCUGCCAUAGAUAUUGUCCCAUAUUGCCUGCUGAACUAUUGACCCAACUAGAGCAAUUUUAAUAUGGGAAGUGGGGAUGUCUGCUGAUGUUGAUUAUUGGUCAUUCAAAGCCAAGAAAGUCAUACAAUCAUUCCUUGAGUGAGUCCUGGCCCUUUCACAGACAAGACGCCUGAACUGGAUGAGGCGGUUAUAAGCAGAAAAAUCCUAAAUGCCCUUUUCUGUAAUUUUCAGAAAAGACUGAAAAUCUAUUAUGAAAAAUGACCAGUACUGUUGUGUUUGGGAGACCACCCAUGAGAAUAUCAUUGACCACACGCUUAGCUCAUAGACUGAAGCUGAUUUAAAUAUAUUGUACUUUUGUGUGUCUCCAUUCAACAGACAAGUAUUGUAUUUAAUGAGGUGUCUAUGACUUUGCCAUCGCAAACGACUCAGUCAAAAUUUAACAAAGCUAUAUUUCUCUUAUUGAACUAUCUUUAAUUAAACAAUUUGAAAGUUUUAGAUUUUAGUAUGGUCAGUUUAUAUAUUUAAUUAGCUUUUGUUAUUAUGUUAUUUGUCUUCCCCAUGAAUUUUUUCCCUUUUGUCUUCUUUGA